CACGGGGGCGGGGCCUGGGCGCGGUGGAGGCGGUGGCCCGCGCAGUAGGUCACGUGGGAGGUCGGCGUGCAGGCUGCGGAGCCAUCCAGCUGCAGGGCUGAGGACAGAGGCUGUUGUCACUCACUGGCAGGGAGCGUCACUGGCCAGCGGAAAGAGCUCACUUUCACCCGUGCCCUGGGGCUCUCCCCCGCGGAUGGGUUCCAAAGUGCAGAACUGCUUGUUCCCUGCGGUGGGCUUUGCAGAACACGACGUUGCACAGUGCUCCAGCUGACACCUCAGUAUCCAAGUCUAGAAGACUCCUUCAUGUAUUGAUUACAAUCUGCUUCAAAUGCAAACACUCCAGAAGAUCUGAUUGGUUUAACUCUUUUGCGUACUUCCUGUGGUUAAGUGAUAAUACCUGAUCUGUCAGCAGUGGUGACAUGAGACAGAUGGAGUGGGCAAGAAGACCUUGUGCGUCUCAUGGUUGAGUGGAGUUCUGCUGAUCUAGACUGGACUCAGAUAAGAGGGUGGAGCGAGAUGGCUGAAUUGAAACCUCCAGAGAUGGUCCCUCUGCACAAACACUUAAUUCAACAACUACCCAUGCAAGCAAGCACCUUCAGAAAAAACAGAAAUCAGAAUGCUGUCAGAAGGUUAUCUCAGUGGACUUGCCUACUGGAAUGACAUUCACUGGAGCUGUGCAUCAUAUAAUGAGCAGGUGGCUGGGAAAAGGGAAGAGGAGACAAAUUCUGUUGCUGCUCUUUCCUAUUCCUCAGUGGAUGAAACCCAAGUCAGAAGUCUCUACAUGAGUUGCGAAUCAUCUGGCAAGUUUAUUUCUUCAGUGCAUUCAAGAGAGAGCCAACACAGCACACGUCAAAGAGUCACAGUGCUGCAGACAAACCCCAAUCCUGUGUUUGAAAGCCCAAACUUGGCCACAGUUGAAACAUGUAGAGACCCCAGCAGAGAAACUUACUUGGUUCCACCUUCUUGCAAAAGUAUUUGCAAGAAUUACAAUGACCUACAUAUUGCUGGGGGCCAGGUGAUGGCCAUUAAUUCAGUGACUACAGAUUUUCCCUCCGAGAGCAGUUUUGAAUGUGGCCCUUUGCUGAAGUCAUCGGAGAUCCCUUUGCCUAUGGAGGAUUCCAUUUCCACUCAGCCCAGUGACUUUCCCCAAAAACCUAUCCAGCGGUACUCAUCCUACUGGAGAAUAACCAGCAUCAAAGAGAAAAGCAGCCUGCAAAUGCAGAAGCCUAUUUCAAAUGCAGUGUUGAAUGAGUAUCUGGAGCAGAAGGUUGUAGAGUUAUAUAAACAGUACAUUAUGGACGCCAUGUUUCAUGACAGUUCUCCUACCCAGAUUCUGGCAUCUGAACUCAUCAUGACAAGUGUGGACCAAAUCAGUCUUCAAGUGUCUAGAGAGAAGAACCUGGAAACUUCAAAAGCCAAGGAUAUAGUCAUUAGCCACCUAUUACAGUUGGCGUCAACUGAAAUCAGCACCCCUAGUCUCCAUAUUUCUCAGUAUAGCAAUGUAAAUCCAUAGAGAUCAUGCUUCCAUCCCUGUCUGUCAUUUCCUCUAACCCAGAACGACACUUUGUUCAUUUAUUCUGAGAAUGUGCAGGAGGGAGUGGUGAAGGGGAGUUAAGAGUUAGAGAGGUAAGGGUUGGCUGGAGGUCACGUUGAAUUAAGGGGAAAUCUCGUAAUAUUACAUAUGUUGAAGGGAUGUGGGAAAAGGAGCCAUAAGGAAUGAUUUCAAAGAGAGGUUUGUACAGCAGUGAAAUAAAAAUAAAAAUAAAAAUGAUCAAAAAAUAAAAGGUUAUGAUUCAUUCGAAGGAGUAUAGAAACCGAAAAAGGAGACAAGCCAAGUAAGAAAGAAAUACACUAUUUUGAAACUAAAAAAAAACGUUUUGGGGUAAAGAGUUAAGAGUAUGUUUGUUACCCAGAUAAAUUCCUCCAAAUUGUUUCUUCUCGAGGGAAAUGGACUGCAGAAGGCUGCUAUAUUUGGGUAGAAAGGUCCAAACUUUUAAAAAUAUAUGUUUAUAUCUCUUUUACCUAUUCUGUAUCGGUAGAUCAUUUAAAGAUAUAUCCUUUGUAAAUAUUAAAAUAGUAGUAAAUUGCAAUUGUGUUUUUAUUUUUGAGUGAUUAGCUACAGCUAUAGCCAAAAAACAGCUAUUCAAACCUCCUACUUCUGUUUAUUGGUGAAGAUAUAGUUCUCUAAAUGGAAA